GGCCCAGACCAAUCGGGGGCCGCGGCGGUUGGAGUUUGAAGCGGAAGGCGCCGGGCUGGACUAGGCUCCCGGGAGACGCACGGAUUCUGCUGUGGCACAGUAGUCAUCUAUGGCAAUGUCUCAUGAUGGGAAUGAAUGGGAGCUGAGUAAAGAGAACGUGCAGCCCCUGAGACAGGGGCGGGUCAUGUCCACCCUGCAAGAAGCUUUGGCUCAGCAGGAUGCUUCCAGCCACACAGCCAUUCAGCAGCAAAAGCAGGAAUUUGAAUCUGAAAUCCGCUUUUACUCUGGAGAUGAUCCACUGGAUGUUUGGGACCGAUAUAUCAAAUGGACAGAACAGACAUUCCCUCAAGGUGGAAAGGAAAGUAACCUUUCAGCAGUGCUGGAGAGAGCUGUGAAGGCACUUCAUGAGCAACAUAGAUACUACCAAGAUCUUCGCUACCUCAGUCUUUGGCUGAAAUUUGGAAACUGCUGCAGUGAACCCUUGGAUCUGUAUAGUUAUCUGCACAGCCAGGAAAUUGGCACAUCAUUGGCAUUAUUCUACGUCACAUGGGCAGAAGAACUUGAGGCAAGAGGAAAUUACAAGAAAGCAGAUUUAAUAUUCCAGGAGGGAAUACAGCGGAAGGCUGAUCCUCUGGAUAAACUACAGUCCCAUCACAGGCAGUUUCAGGCCCGUGUCUCUCGGCAUAUCAUUCAGGGACUUGAGGAGGAGGGUAAUGAUGAAGAGGAAUUCAGUCUUCCAGGCCUUGCUGAACCUCAAAGAAGUUCGCUGGCAGAGCUGAAAGGCAAGGGGAAAAAGACAAUGAAAGCCCCAAUAAGUCGCAUAGGAGAUGCUCUUAAAGUCUCAAACCGAGGCCAUAGCAUCCUGAAUCAGAGCUCUCAACAAAUGUCAAAUGGUCCAAAUUUUGCUGUGUUUGAUGAAAAUACAGCUUCAGCCUCUGGAACUGAGUUUCCUAUACUUACCCCUCAGCCAUGGGCAGCACUUCCAGCAGCAAGGGCUAAAGAAAAUGAACUGAGAGCAGGACCUUGGAAUUCAGGCCGGUGCCCUCGAAGUAACAUGAACUCUGGUGUAGAAGUGCCUUGUGUACUGCCUGCUUUUACCCCAUAUGUAGAGGAGUCUGCCCAGCAGCAAGUCAUUACACCCUGCAAAAUUGAGCCCAGCAUAAAUUGUGUUUUAAGUGUCCGUAAACCUGGUAAGGAGGAGGAUCCACUACAGCGAGUGCAAAACCAUCAACAGGACACUGAGGAUAAGAAAGAAGUAGUUAUGUACUGUAAAGAGAAAGUUUAUGCUGGAGUGGAAGAGUUCUCUUUGGAAGAAAUCCGAGCUGAAAUCUACAGGAAGAAAGCAAAAAAGAGAAGGGAAGAGGAAUUUUGGGCCAUAGCACAGAAGAAGGAAGAGAUGCAGAAGAAGAUUAAAGAGCUAGAGAGGAUGCUGAGGGAUACACGAGACAAUCAGCAGCAGAGUGCACACGAGCAGCUAACAGAAGAAAAGGAGCCCAUGAGAAUGGAACCUGGUUUGAUGGGAGCUUCAGCACCUCUUAAAGAGCAAGACGUAUCUUUCUCCAGUGAAACAGUGCCUGUGAAGGAACUGCCUCAUGUACAAAGCAGUUCCCAGCUGGUGGAAGAUAACCAACAGCACAAACCACCUUGCUCUGACAGUGAAGGUUAUCUUCCCUCACAGAGACCUACUGUGCCUUUUUCCAUAUUUGAUGAAUCCUCUGCUUCGAUAAGCCAAAAUGUCAGUUGUCCUCUAGGCCUUCCGCAGAGAAGUGUCCGGCACCCACUUGCUGUUCGUAAACCUUCAGAAAGUAUCACCUCCAAGGAAGAUACACCACCAGAAGCCUGUAAUGAGCUCAAUGGAAUUGAACCCUUGAUUGAAGAUGCCAUUUUGACAGGCUCCUACAAAAACAAAACCCUUUGUGCCAAUCCGGAAGAUACCUGUGACUUUGUUAGAGCUGCCCACUUGGCAUCAACUCCCUUCCAUGGGGUAGGACUACAGAGAAUCCAAACUCCUGCUGAUCCUGAAAGUCUCCUGAAGAAAGAGUGUCCGGAAUCCAGGAACAUGUGUCUGAGCCAGCAAAUCCCUGAUUGUGAGGGUACUUACAGUGAAGCUCUUUGCAUUAAGAAGCUGAGCCCAAUUAUGGAAGCAAGUCAGGAAGAUGCCUGCUCUUCAGGUUCCUCUGUCUCCUCAAGAUCUUCUAUUUCCUCUGUCACACAAAUUUCCACUAUUAAAUACCUCCAUAUCCCUGAGAAAUUGGAACUUGUUCAGAGCUUGCCUGUUGAAAUGGCUAGCGAUCCCAGAGGUAUCACUGAAAACACAACUAAUGACUCAACCAAUUUGUUAUGGACCAUGGAGAAAUGCAAACAGCUGUUGAAUCCUUUACCAGAAUUAUUGACUACAUCUCCAGAUUUUUAUUUAGAGACUGGGCCCAUGCCUUUGAUGGAGUUAGAGAAAGAAAUUGAACUGGGGAAUGAGAUUUACAGUAUUAAACGGGAAUAUUGGACCAAUGAAAAUGACAAGAUGUUCUUUGCUGUACUAGCCAGCUCUGCCCAGUUAGGUGCAAAGGGAUUUGCAAUCAAGGUGUACUCUCAGCCUGUGCCAUGGGAUUUCUAUAUUACACUCCAGUUGCAGGAGCAUCUAAAUACUGACUUUGACCAAAGCUUCAGUGAAAAUUGCAGCUGUUUCUUAUACCAGGAUGGCUGUGUUGUUCUGCAUAGGGAGAUAAAUUGCUAUACUCUCUGGGAUGUUAUUCAGAGCUGUAAAACUAUUGGUGAGGAGGUGAUUAUGUUGGUUGCUUACAGUCUGCUUGAUUUGGUGGAAAAGCUACACAAAGCCGAAAUUGUCCAUGGACAUUUGUGUCCAGAGGUGCUGUUCUUGGGAGACAGGCUCUGUGGGCUAUUUGGUAAUAGUGAGAUUACCAAUGCUCUGAAGAUAGUCGACUUUUCUCAUAGCCUGGACCUGAGGUUGCAGCCUAAAGUGAAUUUGCUUAGCUUUCCCAUGGGUCAGACCCAGCAUGGACAACAGAUCCUGGCCAAGUGUGAUCUUCCAUGUCACGUAGACUUGAUCAGUAUUGCAGAUAUAGUCCAUUUGAUGUUGUUUGGGGAGCACCUCCAUGUCUAUCAAGAAGAUUCCCUCUGGAAAAUCAAUCAAAAUUUGUCCAAGUCUACUGACAGUGAUUUUUGGAGUAAAUUUUUUGGGAAGAUUUUGAAUGCAGAUGGUAAGUCCACAGUACUUACACUGGGGGAGCUGAGAGAGGAAAUGAGUGGCAUGUUUGACGCCUCUUUCCAAGAACGCCUUCAUUAUUCCUUCUGUCAUCUUGGAGAAUUUGCUCUGCCUCUUGUAUAGAAGGACAAAUGCCCUCUAUAUUUUUUUUUCUGUUAUAAUGGGAAUUUGCUAAUGAUACUCCUUUUUUAAACAUAUUUUUAGUACUAAACAUGGGAAAUGUCUGCAGCAAUUUCAAUGAUACUUGAUUAUAACACAUGUUUAUUUUGUGAGUUAAUGUCUAGCUGUUCUUUAAACUUGCUUUAAUAAACUGUGUAUCAUCAUUGUCUUAUCCAUUUUCUCUAGCAAUGUUUAUUUAAUACCAGGACUGUAUUUGUGAUCUCCUUAGCCUUUCUGUCAUGCCUUUUUUCUUUACAACUGCUGGUUAAUCACUGUUUAAGUAAUAAAGCUGCAUUUUUGUCAGCAA